AUGGCCCACAAUACUGAUGAAAUAAUACAGAGUAGUCAUGGCGAAAAGUGGAGUUAUCAGGAGUUGGUAACGCUAAAAUUAGUCAGCCAUGGGGUCAGGGCGUUCGACAUUAAGUUCAUGCUUGGCGAUGAUAUACAAGGUGGCGUUUGGGAAGAAGUGGAUGCUCUUAAACACCAGGUCGGCUCCGGUUGA